AUGCAUUCUCCAAGUGAAGACCACAUGAAUGCAAUUCUUCAAAUACUUAGAUAUUUGAAGUUUGCACUCGGAAAAAGACUUAUGUUCUCAAAACAUGAUCAUCUGAAUAUUGAUGGUUAUAUAGAUGCAGAUUGGGCAGGUAAUGUAACAGAUAGAAGAUCCACAUUUGGUUACUUCACAUUCGUGGGAGGUAAUUUGGUGACAUGGAGGAGCAAGAAACAUAAGGUAGUAGUUUUAACUAGUGCAGAAGCUGAGUUCAGAGGUAUGACUAAAGGAAUUUGUGAGCUCAUUUGGUUAAGGAAGUUGCUUAUUGAACUUGGGUAUGAACCUACAUCCAUAAUGAAUCUCUUUUGUGACAACAAAGCUGCAAUAGCCAUUGCACAAAAUCCAGUUCAACAUGAUCGCAACAAACAUGUUAAGGUGGAUCAACACUUCAUCUUACAAAAGUUUGAGGCUAAAGUGAUUUAG